GCCACACCUGGGAAGCCGCACCGGGUCCCUCUUCUCCAUCGCUGCAGCGGCGCGCGCAUGCUCCAAAACCCAAAUGGCAACGCCCGGCGGUAUCAGCACCUCCUCCUGGAGCCUCCCGUCUCCGCAAACACUCUCAAAUCCAAAGAAACCUCGCGCCUCUGGCUUCGGCUCGCGGCCAAGGCUCUUACAUCCACGACGCAGCAACAAGCACGCGGUCACGGUAUCAUCAACCGGCCAAGGCGAGCAGCAAUCCACCGCUGCCGUCGCGGCGCCCGAGGCCGGCACGUCCUUCAGCGUGGAGUUCCUGACGCGCGACGGCUGCCGGCUCGGCAUCUCCAGGUACCCGGACUUCGCGUACAACGCCCAGGGCGGCCGCGGCGUGGGUGCCGGACGCGGCGCGGAGGUUGGCACGGCGGACGGCACGGUGCUCGUCGAUUUCGACGUGGCGAGCCUGUACAUCCCGGCCAUGUCCGGCGCCACCACCAGGUUCCUCGGGCUGCCGCUGCCGCCCUUCCUCAAGAUCGACAUCUUGCCCGAGGCUCUGCGCGGGACCAUCGACCGGACGACUGGUCAGGUUGACCUCAAGUUCAGGUCGAGGUUCUGCUUCUCGGUCGGGAGCAUCUACCAGGCGCCGCCCUUGUUCGUCGACACAACGCUCACGUCCGAGGAGUCCAGCGGAGCCAUAAGACGCGGGACCGGAGAAAGGCUGGACGGCGAAGGGAGGUGCAAGCUGGUCGGGGUGGCCGUCCUCGAUCCCAUUGGCGACGCGUUCAUGGACACCUUCCUCAGCCUGCCCACCGAGUGCAUUGCUUACCUGAGCGCCACCAUCUCCAUCGCCACCGCUACCUAAUCGUCUUCAUGACGAGAAGGAUGCUGAGGAUUUACACGUGGGAGCUGAUGGUCUGCUGCGACUUGCCAGUGCAACAAAUAUGGGUGCUGCUUUUGGUGGCUCUGGGCAAACACAACGUCCUCUCCGGAUCAGAGAUGUCAUAUCCUCCUGAUGGAAUGGAGCUGGAGGAACAUGAUUGAUCUUCCCAGUGGUUGCUGACAAAAAGAUUUCAAAAUCCUUCAUAAUGGUCCCUGUUAGCUUUCAAAGUGUGAAGCUUUUGCUUAUGUUGGUUGCUUAUAUUGUUGUUUGUGUUCGGCCCCGUGUAAUGAAACUCCUCCGUCUGUCUUUCGCUAGCUUUAGGCGGCGUUUUUAUUUUUGUUUUUA